AUGGCAAACAGCGUACAAACAAUAGGUCACAAGCUCGGAAGGUCAGAGACAAGGAAAUAUUCUACCCAUCCAGACGAUCCUGAAAUAAAAGUAUCUCUCUGUCCUUGCAAUGAUCCUUUUGUAAACCUGGAAAGGCUAAAUUCGUUUGAAUAUGAGUGGACAAGGAAAGAAAGAAGUACGCGACCUGAAUAUAAACUACAAAGAUUGCUGGGAUUGAGGGACGUACUUAAUGAUCUCCUGAUGCCAAGAGGAAACUUCCCAGAUUACUUGGAAGCAGACAAAGAAACUCGAUUUGCUGUUAUAGGUUUCUUGACAUUUAAGGAUGCCUUUCAAUUAUACUCUUCGCAAAUAUUAUUUGAACAAGAUGAAAGUAGAUUCACUCUUGACAUCCUGGAUGAACAGAUCGGACUUUCAGUGAACAUUGUCAAGAUAGUAAAUGUUAGAUACAUAGUUCUUAAGAACAUAGUAGAUUUACCAGGUUUACUGAUUCAUAGUAAACAACUUCAGGAACAACGCAAGGAUAACCAACAGGAAAGAUUCCAUUUAGGCAAGAACACUCUGAAACAGAUUACACGAACUAUGGACACAGAGUACGAUCGCAACAUUGCAAAAUGGAUCUUUUCUGUGAAUAUGUCCCAUUCACAAAUGAGAAAGGCGGGUGUUGACCCACAAAAGGUUGUACGACAAACAGAUAAGAAUUUAAAGAUUAUAGAAGAAUGUGAAAGUGCAGUUGUUGAAGCCCAAACUAAGGUAGAGCAAAAGCUAAAAGAGAAAACAAAGUGCAUUCAAGAGAAAGUAGAAGAACGACAGAAUCAAGUCAAUAAACGAAAACGCACUUGGGAUCAAACUGUUCUUGACGAGCUUGAAGAUGAGAUUGAAGAUCUCCAAAACCAUAAAGCAAAGUUGGAAGACGAACUUAAAAGCCCUGAUUCAACUAGCUUUAAGUUAAAAGUUAUUAGAGAAGCAAAGAAUAUAAAUGAGAAGAAGCGAAUUAAAAGGAGAAAGCUGGGGCAAGGGAGACCUAAUGCCAUAGAUGAAGAGACCUUUGUAGCAAGAUGUAUUGAAUCAAAAGCCACAUAUCAUGGUCGAAGGAAGGAGACAACAAUGUUCAUUAAUAGAAGAGUAAAGUGCAAAAACCUGCUUAAAAUACUUAAUAAACGGAGAGCAGACAAAGGCAAAGCCCCUCUACGGAGUACCACUGCAAUAUGGAAUCGGUCAAACCCAAGACGGCUUGGAACCAUCCAGGCUUCAAGACAUGUAGGAAAGGGUCUGUGGAGCUGCAAAAAGCCCCCAAAAGCAGAGGAUUUGGACAACGAAAACACCCACCAUCAACGUUCUCAUAUAAAAAAUAUGAAAAGAUUUCUCUUCUCUUCAAAAGUCCCAGAAAAUGCUCAAAAGUUUGCGAUUAUUGAAAGCCGAGAUGACCAUGCCUUUCUUCGUCCAGGAACUUCUGUUGGAUUCGAAGGGUCACGGACGCAAAAGAUUUUGACCCCGGUUGCGAAGGAAAACGCGCGGGUUUUACCAAAAUACGAUUUUCCCGAGUCAAAGAUGUACUGUGCAGACAUGCGAAUAAUUUUGCAUGGCUCAAGAGGAGAUUCUGGUCAAAAUGAAGCCGAAUAA